AUGGCGAUGCGCAUUGCGGUUGGGGAACCAGUUAAUGUAUCUUCUUUGAAAGCAAACCUGGAAAGUGGGUGCGGUUGCAUAUUUUGCUGUAACGCCCCCCAUCUCGUGUCUGUCUCCCCAACACAAUGGCUGCUGGGACGUUUCGUCCCACAAAAGCUCAUUCUUGGGCUAGGUAAAUCGAGGCACCCUGCAAAGAAAAAGCCCAGACGUGGGAACCAGGCUGAAGCCAGGCGGCCUCGCCGCCCUUGGGCUGUUGGGGUCUCGGCGUGUGUGAAUGAGGGUGACCUGUGUUGCAUUUCCCUUUUCCCCCCUGGGCAGGUCGGCCUCAUCCAGCUGGGGCAGGAGCAGGUGCUCAUCCAGCCCGUCAACAAUUCCCAGGGCUCGCUGGGCGGGCAAGAGCAUCUGAUCAGGCGCAAAUGGUCCCUGACGCCCAGCCCCUCCGUCGAGGCCCAGGUACCCAGGCAGCUCUGCAAGGUUCUCACAGAAAAGCAGAAGCCGAGGAGAGGCCGGCGGGAGCGGAGGGACGCCAUCCGGCUCACCAGCGAGCGCACAGUGGAGACGCUGGUGGUGGCCGACGCCGACAUGGUGCAGUACCACGGCGCCGAGGCCGCCCAGAGGUUCAUCCUCACCGUCAUGAACAUGGUAUACAACAUGUUUCAGCACCAGAGCCUUGGAAUUAAAGUAAACAUUCAGGUCACCAGGCUGGUCCUCCUCCGGCAUCGUCCUGCCAAGUUGUCCAUUGGGCACCACGGCGAGCGGUCCCUGGAGAGCUUCUGUCACUGGCAGAACGAGGAAUAUGGAGGCGCGCGUUACCUCGGCAACAAUCAGGUCCCGGGAGGGAAGGACGACACGCCCCCCGUGGACGCCGCCGUGUUCGUCACCAGGACAGAUUUCUGCGUAUACAAAGACGAACCGUGCGACACCGUUGGAAUUGCUUACUUGGGCGGCGUGUGCAGCGCGAAGAGGAAAUGCGUACUUGCCGAAGACAACGGUCUCAACUUGGCCUUCACCAUCGCCCACGAGCUAGGCCACAACUUGGGGAUGAACCACGACGAUGACCACUCCUCCUGUGCCGGCAGAUCCCACAUCAUGUCGGGAGAGUGGGUGAAAGGCCGGAACCCCAGCGACCUCUCCUGGUCCUCCUGCAGUCGAGAUGACCUUGAAAACUUCCUCAAGUCGAAAGUCAGCACCUGCUUGCUGGUCACGGACCCCAGGAGCCAGCACGCGGUGCGCCUCCCUCACAAGCUGCCUGGGAUGCACUACAGCGCCAGCGAGCAGUGCCAGAUCCUAUUCGGUACCAACGCCACCUUCUGCAGAAACAUGGAGCACCUGAUGUGCGCUGGCCUGUGGUGCCUGGUGGAAGGAGACGCCUCCUGCAAGACCAAGCUGGACCCUCCCCUGGACGGCACCGAGUGUGGGGCUGACAAGUGGUGCCGCGCGGGAGAGUGUGUGAGCAAGACCCCCAUCCCGGAGCACGUGGACGGGGACUGGAGCCCGUGGGGCGCCUGGAGCAUGUGCAGCCGUACGUGUGGGACGGGAGCCCGCUUCCGGCAGAGGAAAUGUGACAACCCCCCCCCUGGGCCUGGAGGCACACACUGCCCAGGCGCCAGCGUGGAGCACGCAGUCUGCGAGAACCCGCCCUGCCCCAAGGGCCUGCCCAGCUUCCGGGACCAGCAGUGCCAGACGCACGACCGGCUGAGCAGCAAGAAGAAGGGUCUGCUGACGGCAGCGGUGGUCGAUGAUAAGCCGUGUGAACUGUACUGUUCGCCUCUGGGCAAGGACUCCCCGCUGCUGGUGGCCGACAGGGUCCUGGACGGCACACCCUGCGGGCCCUACGAGACCGACCUCUGCGUGCACGGCAGGUGCCAGAAAAUCGGCUGUGAUGGCAUCAUCGGGUCAGCGGCCAAGGAAGACCGGUGCGGGGUCUGCAGCGGGGACGGCAGGACCUGCCGCGUGGUGAAGGGCGACUUCAGCCACUCUCGGGGGACAGGUUACAUCGAAGCUGCUAUCAUUCCCGCCGGGGCUCGGAGGAUUCGCGUGGUGGAAGACAAACCCGCCCACAGUUUUCUGGCUCUCAGAGACUCCAGCAAGAGAUCCAUCAACAGCGACUGGAAGAUACAGCUCCCCGGGGAGUUCCAGAUCGCGGGCACAAUCGUGCGCUACGUCCGGAGGGGCCUGUGGGAGAAAAUUUCUGCUAAGGGACCGACCAAAACUCCACUGCACUUGAUGGUGUUGCUGUUUCACGACCAGAAUUACGGAAUCCACUACGAAUACACCAUCCCCGUGAACCACACGGCCGAAAACCAAAGCGAGCCGGAGAAGCCGCAGGACGCACUGUUCCUCUGGACCCACAGCGGCUGGGAGGAGUGCAGCGUGCAGUGCGGCGGAGGUGAGCGGGAAGCGGUGUCCUGCACGCGAAUCGUGAACAAGACGACGACACUGGUGAACGACAGUGACUGCCCUCCAGCCAGCCGUCCGGAGCCCCAGGUCCGAAGGUGCAACUCACACCCUUGCCAGUCACGGUGGGUGACCGGCCCGUGGAACCCCUGCUCAGCCACCUGUGAGAAAGGCAUCCAGCACCGGGAGGUGACCUGCGUGUACCAGCUGCAGAACGGCACACACGUCGGCACACGGCCACUCUACUGCCCAGGUCCCCGGCCCGCGGCCGUGCAGAGCUGCGAAGGCCAAGACUGCCUGUCCGUCUGGGAGGCAUCUGAGUGGUCACAGUGUUCGGCCACCUGCGGCGCGGGGACGCGGAAGCGGACCGUGACGUGCACCAACUCACAGGGAAAAUGCGAUGCUUCCACGCGGCCCAGAGCAGAGGAGGCCUGCGAAGACCACAGCGGCUGCUACGAGUGGAAGACGGGGGACUGGUCCAAGUGCUCGUCGACCUGUGGGAAGGGCCUGCAGUCCCGCGUGGUACAGUGCAUGCACAAGGUCACCGGGCGCCACGGCAACGAGUGUCCUGCCCUCUCAAAGCCAGCAGCCUACAGACAGUGCUACCAGGAGGUCUGCAACGACAAGAUCAAUGUGAACACCAUCACCUCGCCUCGCCUCGCCGCUCUGACCUACAAAUGCACACGGGACCAGUGGACAGUGUACUGUCGGGUCAUCCGAGAAAAGAACCUCUGUCAGGACAUGCGGUGGUACCAGCGCUGCUGCCAGACCUGUAGGGACUUCUAUGCCAACAAGAUGCGCCAGCCACCAUCACCGCCGUCACCAAGCUCAUGACACGCGGUUCCGCGGUCCCGCGACUCUCCAGUGCAAGGUCCGCCUCCUGACAUCGCGGCUGGUUGAAAGCCCGCCCACCCGAGAGCACAGGGGUCCUGCGGCCGGGACCCCCGAAAGCACUCCACCGCUCACCCACAAGGCCGUCCCCCAGAUCCGAUCCCAUAGAACUUGAGCGUGAACUUGACGUUUGCCGUUAGUGCUUUUAUACUUAAUAUAUUAACAGCCACUGGAUGGCUUUCUACAAUAAGGAAAAAAUAGGCACGAGUCCCACAAUAAUCACGGUUUCUGAGGUUCCGUGUACCUCAAAAGGAACACUUCCGACAACUGUCGAAAGAGAGACACGUCCCCGAGUGCCUCUGUCUCGGAUUUCCUCUGACGUUUGAAUCCCGGUGCUUGAUGUACCAUGGGGGCGAAUAUCCCAAGGUGAGACAUUCGACAUGAAAUCGGGCUUUAUCCUGAAAGCCAGCGACACCCUGGCAGGGAGGACAGAUGCCAGCCAGCCUCUGCUGGUGGCUUCUCCUGAGAGGGCCUGGCUGCUGGAGCCCUUUGUGACAUCACAGAAAUCAGCACUUUGCCUCUCUGCCCAUCACUGAACGCACUUGCCCCGGAAGUGAAUCUGCAUAAGCCACUGAGGAGACCAGGGCCAAGAAAUUCCGCACACCACCCACGUGGAGAGAAUAUUCCGGAAAGGUUUGGCACUGGGGAGGCAUCUGAUUUUCAGAUGUCCGCCACGCAGGGGAGCGAGAGCAGGACACGUGCGAACUUGGCCGUGGGCUUGCUUGCUGGCGUGAAGGGGAGCGCUCAGGACGGUUCCGUGUGCCUUCUGGGGACCUUUGCUCCAGCUCGCACAUCAUAAAGCUUUGCGCCUUGCAGAUGGCUUCCCGUUGACCUUGACCGCCUCUCUGCAGUUGAUCAGAACCUCUGGCGACGCUAGCUCAGUCCUGGCUGCUUCGCCCAUCACGGGACAGGUUUCCUCCGGGGUCACUGCACGCCCACCAAGCCUCCCUGUAGCCCAGACCUUGUCCUGCUGUCAGUACUGACCCCCUCCUCUUCGUGGGGCAAGAGUGACACUCGGAAAAGCCCGCAGAAGGCCUUUCCCUGCUGCGGUCCGUCCCCCCAGCCCUCAUGACAGAGCUGUGCCCUCUCUGGAGCCCGAAGAGAUGACGAGAGUGACCUCUUUGAGAGCACAGAAGGUGUAAGGACCCUGCCCGCUCCGGGCGCUGGGAAGAUGGGACCCCAGCCUGGGAACAGGGAUUCUGGAUACCAGGAGAUCUGUUUUGCUGAGCAAGUUGGUGGGCGUUCCCAGGGGCGCCAGGGACCAAGGACGUCGCCAUGAGAAGCCCACGGCCCCCUCCAUUAUCGCAGAGGGCUGUCACUUAGGCUGUUCUCCAUGGGGUCACGUCCACGUGCUUCUUGAUUUAUUGGUGCUGUGUUUAUGUAUCUGCGUUUGUGUUUUUGAUGUCACAACUUUCGGGUCAGUUUAUACCCGAAAGAAAGAAAAACAAUCACCACCUCGCCGCCAUCCAGAGCCUGCCUCGUGGGCUGUGCGUUGGUUUGGGAUUUUUACUACCCCGGAGGCAGACAAGCGGUAGGGGCGGCGGGGACUUUACGUAGAGAAGCGUGGAGACACCUCCUUAGGUGGAGGGAGCCGAGAGGAUGGAGCCGCCCGCCCCGUAGUGUCGCCGCCAGCAGCCUCCCCAGAGCCCCGUUUCCACAAAACCCUUCAAUCUCGGGGAGCUAGGGCUCAGUUUUCUCCCAGCCCCAAACGUUCUGUACUUCAUCACAGGCGGACAGAGCCGGGCAGCCAGCUCAGGAAGCCGGGGUGGCCGUGCUUGCUGGAGCGCCUGGGUCCACGCCUCCCCUGGUCCCCGGCCACCUUGACUGGAUCAACCGGACGCCCCUGCCAAGGGCCUCCCGCCCUCAGAAUGCAAACGAUCGAUGCCGUUAUGGUUAAACACGCCAGCGUUCGCCGAAGCCCACGUCUUCCCGAGCCCGUUCGCUCACGCCGAUGCCCAGGAGGUGACUGAUUUCGCUGAAGCCAUCGUGACACUCCUGUUCCGCUUCGUUCAGAGGACAUGGAAGCCCUGUGAUUCUAGCAGCGACGGUUUCUUCAUUGUUAACAAUGCCCUGUAUACUGUCACUCAAGUACUGUACCUUUUCGGUGGCACAGAUGUGUUACCAGCUACGGAGUCUUAUGACCUUAUGGUGCUACUUUCAUUGGUGCGAAUGAAACUCUCUCAGCUGACGGUGGCUUGAUUUUUAUCAGAACACAGAGAAAGAUCCUCGAUGCCAAUAAUAUCAUUCCUUUGUUCUCUUUUCUUCAGAGUCAAAUGUAUAUAGUUUUCAUUAGUUAACUUACAUUACCCGUGGUAUUUUUGUUUGACGUUUGGUGCUGGUUUUAAAAGGAAAAAGAAAAAAAAAAAAGAGCAGAAGACAAACAUUGGACACCACUGUAAGUGAAAAAUUACUCAUUUCAUUGGAAGCGAGCAGGAUAUGUUUAAUAAAAUGUUUUUCCGUAACAA